AUGAAUUCCUUAUAAGAGUAACCAUUUCAAUACAAAUAACUCAGAUCUUAAUCAUUAAGUCCUUACAAUGACUCCAAUCUUAUAAAACUACUUAAGAGAUAACUUCACUAUCCACCUUAAAAAAUUACGUAAUUGGCAUCUUUUGAGUAUGUGCAAAAUAUAGUUUAAGAUGAAAUAAAUGUGGUCAGUUCAGGUAAUCAUAUGUUUUUGAUAGAAUAUAGAUUGCAUAUAACAUAACCAAAAGAUGACAAAGGAAAGAAAAAGCCCAUCAAUUGGUGAUUCAGAAUAGAAUACUUUAAAAUAAGAGUAUGCAUAAAGUGCAGACGUGAAUUAACUUAAAUUAAUUGUACCUAAACUUGAAGUAGUUAAAAAAAUGAAGUAGAAAAUUGCUAGAAAAAUAAAAUAAAAAAAAAACCCAGUUAAUCCUCAAGAUUGUAAUGAUGACGAUAUACUACACCAAACUAUUGUAAUAUAAACAAAUAAUAUUUAAUUGUAAAAUGAAAGCAAGAAAGAAAAUAUAUCUAUUUUACCUUAAAUUAAGAAACAAAAACUAUAAAUUGAAGAAAUGACAAUGAAAAGAUCAGCAAGAAUUGAAUAAUUAAUGGUAUUAAAAUAUUAAUUUAGAAAAAAUCUUUAGAUGAUUAAUUUGUAGAACUUGAAUCGUUAAUUAAGAAGAUGGAGAAAUAACCAAUCAAUAAAAAAGAAAAAAGAGUUUCUUUUCUUCUCUGA